GUUCAUUGAGAUAAUUUCACAGACUUGACAUUAAAUAGAAUCACUUCAGCAAGAUAAAAUCUGGACAUCAACAUUAGGCGAGGUUGUCAUGUGUAAUGUAAGUUAAAAUUUAUUAUCCGUUGAGCCAGGUAAUGAGUAUGCAAUUAGUAGCACAGUCAAGGGAUUUGAUGAAAACCAGAGCUAUUUCUGUUUUCAGAUGAGUGAGUUUUCUAAAUGUUUUCCUAAGGACAAAAUGUGCUCCUCCAAAAUGGGAUAAGUGCCACUCUAAAAUGAGAAGUCGAUCUCACUUGGAUGCAUUUUAUUGGAAAACACUCCCCAGGGGUCAAUUCUUGCACCAAGUGGUGGAGAACCCAGCAGACCACGACAUGUCAUCACCAGAUUCCAGGCAAGGAUUAAUAGCUCCAAAGAACAAGCUGCCUCUCUAAGUCUUCCUGUAACGUUACACCCAAGUGUGACUCGUCCCACCAUUCCAGUCCCCCUUACACACCAAGGGGCAGACGGUGGCUUUUCACAAGUCACAGAGGAGCAAGGCACAGAGAUAAUCCUGUGCAUGUCCAGCAUCAUCUCUCCUGGUUGAGGCCAAGUCAUAGCACUCAUGGGACCUGCCAAAACAGAAGCUCGCCCGCCCAGGGGAGAGUUGGGUUAGCAAGACACGGAAUUUGUUUAGAGCCAUCUUUCACCACAUGGAAAGGCUACAAUGUCCCUGAAAAAAUGGUCUGAUUCUGCUACUAAUUUGGCUCAAAUGACCUCGAAAGGCUCAGGGAUUUCGGCAUCUCUUGCGCUCCACAUAUAAAAAGCUGCAACAAUGAGAUUUCUGAACAGCAUCUGUGGUCUUCGCAAACCAGGGCUCUGAGGAGGCAGGAGCCAGGCUGUCUGCUCACCUACAAGGUCAUCUUGAAGAUGAACAAUCAAUACAUCCGCCGGGAGGUCUUCUGCUGCGAAACUUGUGAUGAGCUCAAGAGCUUCUGGGAGAAGGAAAUUAACAAACAGACCUGUUACCGCGAACUAGAGGAGGACCGACUCGGGAGGAGCGCCCUGAGAAAGCUCCGAGAAGAAUGGAGGCAGAGGCUGGAGAAAAGAGUGAGCAUGCUGGACAACCCCGACGACAAAGAAAAGCAAGCAAAACCCUCCGCCUGACAGCUGCCCCCGCCCCACCAGCUUCAAGGAUCAGCCACCAAGGGUACAAUUUUUCUAGGAGAAAAAACAAAAAACC